AUGAAUGACUGCUUUACAGAGCUCAACGAUCUGGAAGGGUUGACAUUGUCAAUCAACGCCCAAACAAUCCAAAAAACCACCAAGAAUUCCUCGAAGAAGAAACAAUGCAUCAUUUUCCAACUAUGGUCUGCCACCGCCUCCACCUCGACCCCUGUAUUCACCUCCUACAACCACAUAUCCUUACAAUCCGUACAGGGAUGGGGCUCACCUCCUCAAAAUGAUUGGAACAGAGGUCGUUGGAAUGGUGAGCCAGACAGCCCAUUCGUCAGAUCUGCUGAAGCUAGCGUUAAAGAUGCUUUUGCUUCAAUUGAAUCUAUCGUGACAGCAUUUACAUCUGUAGCCCAAAUGUUGGAGGCCACAUACAAUUCUGUGCACUCUUCCUUCAGAGCAGUCUUAUCAGUGGCUGAUCACUUCAGUAAAUUAAGACAGCAAUUAGUCAAGAUUCUCAGAAGUUUCAUGAUGCUUGGAAUUGGACAGAGGGUAUUUCAGAGGCUAUGGAACUCUCUAACCACCUCCCCUCAUGAAGCAGUGCAGAAUGUUCAGAGUGUAGCCUGGGACCUUGCCGACCCUGCAGGCCCCCAGGACCUGUGGCCUUUUGUAACCUUCCUGUUGGUGGCCUGCGCUGGACCUUACUUCAUCUACAAGAUGUUUCCUGCUGUAAAGGAAGACGACGAGAUAGAAUAUGGUGACACUGAAAAUGAGACUGCGACUGUUGUCUAUCCUUAUAGAGCUUUGAAUCCUGACGAGAUCAGUGUCCCAGCUGCUGCUGAAGUGAUCGUAGCUCCAGCUCACUUACAACCUGCUAUACAAGGCUGGACUCUAGUCAGUUAUCAGAGUGCUAUUGGUCUGAUCCCUUCCUCAUACAUCGAGCUCAACACUUGAGGUGUCUCUGGUGUUUAUAAUCAGUGUUUAUAAGCAUAUGUGUUUAUAAACAAACUUGAGAAUUGAGUCGCAUCAAAAGAUUAUUAUUCUCUUGAGU